GAUGUCGUCGGAUAGGCGCGGGCGAGGGGGCGGCUGGGAAGGCGGUGUUGCGCAGGCGCGUUGCCCUUCUGUGGGAGAGCGUCGACCCGGGUGAGGAUAUGGCGGACCGGGGCUACAGCUUCUCGUUAACUACGUUCAGCCCUUCUGGCAAACUUGUGCAGAUUGAGUAUGCUCUGGCAGCUGUAGCUGCAGGUGCUCCAUCAGUGGGAAUCAAAGCUUCCAAUGGAGUAGUACUGGCAACAGAAAAGAAACAGAAGUCAAUUCUUUAUGAUGAACAGAGUGUACACAAGGUGGAGCCAAUCACCAAGCAUAUAGGAAUGGUGUACAGCGGAAUGGGUCCAGAUUACAGAGUCCUGAUACGCCGGGCUCGUAAAUUGGCGCAGCAAUACUAUCUUGUGUAUCAGGAGCCCAUCCCCACAGCCCAGCUAGUUCAGAGAGUGGCCUCUGUUAUGCAGGAAUACACACAAUCUGGGGGUGUCCGUCCAUUCGGAGUGUCGUUGUUGGUUGCUGGCUGGGAAGAUGGUCACCCACAUUUGUUCCAAUCAGAUCCAUCUGGUGCAUACUUUGCAUGGAAAGCAACAGCCAUGGGGAAGAAUUAUGUAAAUGGAAAGACUUUCCUUGAAAAAAGGUACAAUGAAGACCUAGAACUUGAAGAUGCUAUUCACACGGCAAUCUUAACACUAAAGGAGAGCUUUGAAGGACAAAUGACAGAAGAUAACAUAGAGGUUGGAAUCUGCAAUGAGGCAGGAUUUCGAAGACUCACUCCAGCAGAAGUGAAAGAUUAUCUGGCUACCAUUGUCUAAUAACUUUCAAUCUGAUCAGGAGCGAGUUUUUUUUAAAAUAAAAAAACUACUGAUAAUU